AUGGACACCCUCCUUCCAAAAUUGGCAUCCUCUAAUCUCCACCUACCUCUAGCCGCCUCCCUCCUCGCAUUCUGCGCCCGUCCACUCGCGCGCCGCCACUUGGUGGAUCCAGGCGAGCUAGCGCCACCGUCAACCACCGCAGCCGCCGCCCUCCACCAGUCGCAGCGCGCCACCUGUCCAUCUGAGGUCGUCCGCAGCCAACCCCGUGUUGCCACCUCGUCCGCUCCACCUCCCCACCCCACGCGGCCCGGCGCAGCCCGCAGCCGGCCCGCCCGGGCUCGACCGCACCCACCACGUCGCUGGCGCCGAACCAGCCGUCUCGCUCCUCCCGCUCGAUCCAGAGGGGAUCGAGAUCUCGCCAUCACCCGUCCGCUCCUCUUUCCCGAGGAUCCCGCCGUCGUCUCGCCGCUCUCCGCCGCCCCCAGGAGCAGGAGCUCAGAGCUCGCCGUCGGCCCCGUUUCGCUGCCCCACCGCCCGGAUCUGGCGGGAUCCGGCCGGAUCCGUCCCGCCAUGCGCUCGCCAGCGUUUUUCCUCCUGCUCCGCGUGGCCCCGAUGCUUGCAAGCCGCCACCACCGGCGCCCCUUCCUCUGCUUGUGCGGGAGUGAGAGGAGAACGAUGCCCGUGCCACCCUUCGCCCUAGUGGGCCUGCUCGGCCUCAAAGCCCAACCACGCAAUGCCGGCCUGUUGGCCUAUGUGAGCUUCCACCCAGCCCUUGGACCGUGCAGUGUUAGGCCAGCCUAUAGAUUCGGCCUGCAUGUGUUUUUUCCCUUCUAUGAAUUUAGCAUUUAAUCCUGUGUCAGCAGUUUUACAGAAAAGCCCUCGCACUUCAUGCAUAUCCUAACUAAUUAACUGUGCAUCGGACUAAAACAAA